AAGAAGCGGAGAGCUUUGAGACCUUCCUGAUGGGGGAUGGAAGUAUAUAGGGACUGGACAUCAAUGGUGAAAAUAAAGCGGUGGGGGGUGGGGCAGGGAACUUAAAAUCUGCGAAAAGUUUAAGAGCGUGGGAAGUGUCACGAACAUAGGUCGGAAGGGAUUGAACAAGGGGUGAUAAAACAGUGUCGAGGUAUGCAGAAACGAGUUCGGUGGGGCAGGAGCAAGCUGAGACAAUAGGUCGGCCGGGACAGGCAGGUUUGUGGAUCUUGGGUAGGAGGUAGAAACGGGAAGUGCGGGGUGUGGGAACUAUAAGGUUGGUAGCAGUGGAUGGGAGAUCCCCUGAGCGGAUAAAGUCGGUGAUGGUGUGGGAGACAAUGGCCUGGUGCUCCUUAGUGGGGUCACGAUCGAGGGGUAAAUAAGAGGAGGUAUCCGCGAGUUGUCGCUGUGCCUCGGCAAGGUAGAGGUCAGUACGCCAGACUACAACAGCACCCCCCUUAUCGGCGGGUUUAAUAAUAAGGUUAGGAUUAGUGCGGAGGGAGUGGAGAGCAGAGCGUUCCGAAGGAGUGAGGUUGGAAUGGGGACAAGGUGCGGUGAAGUCGAGACGGUUGAUGUCCCGUCGGCAGUUGGCAAUAAGGAGAUCCAGAGCAGGCAGAAGACCAGAGCGGGGUGUCCAUGAAGAAGAGGAGGGUUGCAGACGGGAGAAGGGGUCAUCGGUGGGGGUGGAACAGUCCUUGCCGAAGAAGUAGGCUCGGAGACGGAGACGGUGGAAGAAAAGUUCCGCAUCAUGGCGAACACGGAACUCGCUGAGGUGUGGGCGAAGGGGGACAAAGGAUUUCCUUGGUCAGAUUUUUGUCACUCUGGGAGAAAUCAUUGGAUCUCCAGGCAGUCGUGUAGAGAAAUUAUUAACGACAUUGCAACCAUGCAGCUCUGCGCAAACAAGCUGGAUAAAAAGGAUUUCUUUGGGAAAUCAGAUCCUUUUUUGGUCUUUUAUCGAAGCAAUGAAGAUGGAACGUUUACUAUCUGCCACAAAACGGAAGUGGUGAAGAAUACAUUGAACCCAGUCUGGCAGCCAUUCACCAUCCCAGUUCGAGCUCUUUGCAAUGGGGACUACGACAGAACAGUGAAGGUGGAUGUCUAUGACUGGGAUCGUGACGGCAGUCAUGACUUCAUUGGUGAGUUCACUACCAGUUACAGAGAGUUGUCCCGAGGCCAAAGUCAGUUCAACGUUUAUGAGGUUUUAAAUCCAAAGAAAAGAGGGAAAAAGAAGAAGUAUGUCAACUCUGGGACGGUGACCCUCCUGUCCUUCAAAGUGGAAUCUGAUUACACAUUUGUGGAUUAUAUUAAAGGCGGAACCCAGCUAAAUUUCACUGUGGCAAUAGACUUCACUGCAUCUAAUGGCAAUCCUUCGCAGCCUACCUCCCUCCAUUACAUGAACCCAUAUCAGAUGAAUGCAUAUGCCAUGGCUUUGAAAGCAGUUGGAGAAAUCAUUCAGGAUUAUGACAGUGACAAACUCUUUCCAGCAUUAGGAUUUGGAGCGAAACUACCACCGGAUGGGAAAGUUUCCCAUGAGUUUCCUUUGAAUGCAGAUCCAGACAACCCAAACUGCAACGGGAUUGAUGGAGUACUGGAGGGAUAUUAUCAGAGCUUGCGGAGAGUGCAACUGUAUGGACCAACCAACUUCGCACCAGUCAUUAAUCAGGUCGCCAGGUGUGCAGCACCAGUGACCGAUGGCUCCCAGUAUUUUGUGCUGUUGAUUAUCACCGACGGCGUGAUCUCCGACAUGGUACAAACUAAAGAAGCCAUUGUUAACGCCUCAGUCCUUCCGAUGUCAAUAAUCAUCGUUGGAGUAGGACCUGCAGAGUUUGAUGCAAUGGAGGAGCUCGAUGGGGAUGAAAUUCGAAUCUCCUCCAGGGGCCGUUAUGCAGAACGUGAUAUUGUCCAGUUCGUCCCAUUCCGAGAUUAUGUUGAUCGCUCUGGAAACCAGGUUUUGAGUAUGGCCCGGCUCGCAAAGGAUGUUUUAGCAGAAAUCCCAGAUCAGCUGCUGUCCUACAUGAAGACAAGAGAUAUAAAGCCACGGCCAGCCCCCCACUCUUACACGCCUGCCUCACAGCAAUCAUUUCGCACAAGGAUCUGAGCGAAUGCACUCUCUCUUUGAUCAAUGUAUUUAUAGACUGCUUUUAAUAUUGGAACUUCUAAGUAUACAAGUUUAAGAGAGCAAGCGGGAGAGAGAGAGAGAGAGAGAGAGAGAGUGAGAGAGAGAGAGAGAGAUGAAGAAUUGAACUUGCCUCUGUUCCAUUUAGAAAUAUUGACCAUAUUUAUUCCAGCUGCUGAUGUCAUCAUUGUCUUCAUGCGUGACUGAAUGGAAAUUAUGGAAACUUGCUCGAUGAGGUCCAUCAAUCACUUCAGGUUUAUGGCAUGGUUACAGCUACAUCUUCCAGGUCUCUUAACUCAGACAAAAUUUCAUUCUGUGCUAAUCUGUCCUGCUUUGAGCUGCCACAAAUAAUAACACUCUCGCCCUCCAGUUGCCUGUAAAUGAGCUUUCAGUGUUACUAUCAUAUUUGUUCAAACAAUGGUGUUGAUGGUAACCUCCAUCGUUGCUACAUUGUAAAGCUGGGUUCUAUAAUCGGUAUUUGACAGAGGCAGUUGAGGACCGAUAUCUUUUUCUUGAUAAAUUAGUAUUGAUUUUGUAUUUCAUUGCAAUCAAUGUCUUCUGCAGAGCAGAGAAAUCUAAUGGGUGGGAAAGUAAGCUUCCAAGUUCUUUCAGCCUUGACUAUAAACACUGCAGACCAAAUCCCCCUUGGGAUAAACUUUGAAAGCACCAGCUUAGUCUUCAAGCACCAGACAGUUAUCCUUAUGGUUCUAGUGGAACUUGAGUACCUACAGAUUGAUACAAAAAUAUCAAGCACAAAGUCAAACUAAUUUUAUUAUCAAAGUAUGAAUAUUUCACCAUAUACUACCUGGAGAUUCAUUUUGUUUCAGGCACUUAUAAGAAAAUAAGAAAUACAAUAGAAUUUAUGAAAAACUAUACAUCAACAAAGACUGACAAACUCUGUACAAUACAGAAUCAGAGUCAGGUUUAAUAUCACUGACCGUGUAGUGCAAUACCUUAAAAUUAUUAUAAAUUACAAUGAUAAAUAUAUAUAAAAUUAAAUUAAAUAAGUCGUGCAAAAAGAGAGCAAACAUAGUGACGUAGUGGGUUGUUUCAUUGUCCGCUCAGAAAUCUGAUGGCAGAGGGGAAGAAUCUGUACCUAAGACAAUGAGUGUGGCUCUUCAGGUUCCUGUACCUCCUCCUCGAUGCUGGUAAUGAGAAGAGGGAAUGCCCUCAGUGAUGGGCAUCCUUAAUGGUGAAUGCCACCAUUUUGACUCAUCACUUUUUGAAAGAGUACUCGGUGCUGGGGAGGCUAGUGCCCAGGAUGGAGUUCGCUUUUUCCUGACCCUGUGCAAUGGCCACUCUAUACCGUUUAGUGAUGCAACCACUGACGAUCCAUGAAAAUAUGUCACUAGGGAGUACCUAACCUUUCUUCAAGUUCAUCUACAGCAGGGUUUUCAUCAGUGUAUUAGGCCUGAAUUGUUGCCAUUCAUAUUGUUUAGAUCCCUUGUUAUUUUUAAUUGCCCGUGCACGUUGUCAUCCCCAAUGCAGAAAACCCAUAUCUAGUUCUGUUUGCCAGUAUUACUGUGUAAGCAGCCACUGGGUGAUCCUCGGGAAUGUUGUGCCGGUUUGAACUCAGCAUCAUCCCAUGGCUUUCUGAAAUCAUCAGUGUGCCUUUCCCACUCCACGAUGAGAAUGUGAAGUGCCACCAUGUUGAUAAUAGAAGAAUGAGUGGGGGAGAUCUCAUUGAAACCUAUCAAAUAUUGAAAGGACUAGAUAGAGUGUAUGUGGAGAGGAUGGGCAAGUCUAGGACCAAAGGGCACAGCUUCAGAAAAGAGAGACAUCCUUUAGAAUGGAAGGGAGGAGGUAUUUCUUUAGUCAGAGAGUAGUGAAAUUCAUUGCAACAGAUGGCUGUAGAGGCCAAGUAUCGGGUAUACUUAAAGUGGAGUUGGUAGAUUCUUGAUUAGUAAAGGUAUCAAUGAUAAUGGAGUCAAGCAGGAAAAUAGAGUUGUGAGGGAAAAUAAAUAGUUAUAGUCAUAGUCAUAGUCAUACUUUAUGGAUCCCGGGGGAAAUUGGUUUUCAUUACAGUUGUACCAUAAAUAAUUAAAUAGUAAUAAAACCAUAAAUAAUUCAAUAGUAAUGUAAAUUAUGCCAGGAAAUAAGUCCAGGACUAGCCUAUUGGCUCAGGGUGUCUGACCCUCCAAGGGAGGAGUUGUAAAAUUUGAAUGGUGGAGUAGACUCAAUGGGCCAAAUGGCUGAAUUCUUCUCAUUUGCCUUAUGGCCUUACGAUGCUCCAGUGCUCUGUAUAAAUCUUAUUGUCACAUUUCUGUUAUCUUAAAUUUCAUCCUUUACCAAACCAAGAGGGCAGACAGAACAUUACUGGAAUAAUUUCCUCCUUUCAUCACAGCCCGAUGGCUUUCACAUUAUGUUUUUAUGAAAUGCAAAGUCAAAGCCCUAAACUAUAACAUGGAAUCAGAGAAUACGCAGAAGGUCAGGCAGCAUUGGAAACAAAUAUCACAGACUGAAAACCAGGAAGCAGCCUGAUCUACACAUAAAAAUGCUGGAAGAACUCAGCAGGUCAAGCAACAUCUAUGGAAUUGAAUAGACAGUCGAUGUUUUUGGAUAAGAAUUUUCUUCACGACUAGAAAGGAAGUGGGAAGAUGCCAGAAUAAAAAGGUGGGGGAUGGGAAAGAGGACAAGCUAGAAAGUGAUAGGUGAAGCCAGAUGUGUGGGAAAGGUAAAGGGCUGGAGAAGAAGGAAUCUGAUAGGAGUGGAGAGUGGACCACAGGUAAAAGGGAAGAAGGAAGGGCACUAGAGGGAGGUGAGAAGUGGUAAGAGGCCAGAAUGGGGAAUAUAAGAAAAGGGAAGGGGGGGGAAGAAAAAAUAAUUACCAGAAGGAAAAAUUAUGUUCAUGCCAUCUGGUUGGAGGCUAUCUAGAUCCACAACCUGAUCUGUGGUGUAUUUACAGUAAUCUCCUUUUGGAGUUUGGGAAGUUUGCAGUUUCAAUUCUACUGCAAUAGAAUGUGUUGGAACUCCACUAUGCUAUCUGUCGAUGCUGCCUAAUCCCUCUGUUUCUGCAUUCAAAGUGUUUUGUGGUAACCUGUCUGAAAUGUGUUUUUUGGCUAUCCAAGAAUGCCGCUGUUUGGGUGCAUUUCCAAUUCAUAACCACAACUGUAGGACCACACUGUUUUGUCAAUGGUUAAUGUUCCCCUGUGGAUUGGCACCACACGUGCAUCAUACAGAACACUGCUACAGAGCUCUGUGGAAGCUACAAUCUUGUCUGACUGAUAAAGGUCAUACUUGUCAUCUCUCAAGCUGAAAUAGAGAAAAGGAUGAUUGACCUGGAGAAAAAUUGAAGGAGACGCCAAACCCUGCCAAUCCAUGAUGCAACACAUCAUUACAAUGCCAACUGGAGGCCACGCCAAAUAAUAUUUGUGUUUUGCAUCAUGCAUCAAUUAAAAAAUAUAAGGGUAGGAGCAACUUUUAUACAAAUGUUUUUCUUUGUCUCCUUUCUUGAAGUCUUUUUCUCUUGCUGGUUUACAAAUCCACUGAUAGUUAUUUAUUUAUCAUUUAUUGAGAUACAGUGCAGUAUAGGCCAUUCCAGUCCUUGAAGCCAUGCCAGCUCAGAAACUCCUGAAUAAACCUAGCCUAAUCAUGGGACAAUUUACAAUGUCCAAUUAACCUACAAACCAGUAAAUCUUUGGAUUAUAGGAGGAAACCUGAGUACCCAAAGAAAACAUCCAUUCCACAAGGAGGACAUACAGACUCCUUGCAGAUGAUGGCAGAAUUGAACUUUGAACUCUGACGCCAUGAGCUGUAUUAGCAUCAAACUACCCACUCAGCUACCGUGGCACCUACUCCUCAUUGGUAAACUUUGAGACUUUGACCAGCCACCACAGUGGGUGACUGCCAUCCUUAAAACAGUGCUUACGCAGCUUCUGUAUGGGCAAAGCUUCCAUUUGGAAUGUUUGCCAAUAUCAAAACACAGGUCCACACUUCUGAAAGGCCAAAAGCUAUGCUUCCCAAUACAGCUAAAUAUCCACAUCCCUUUACUUUUCAGCAAAGGGUGCCUGAUUACAUUUUACACUCAGUGGCCACUUUAUUAGUGUAACAUGCUGCAGGGUUUCACUGCUGUGUAACAUGCUGGAAGGUUUCAUUGAUAAUGUAAUGGUUUCUCUGUAGCAGCAAUGUUUGGCUUAUGACUAGAGAUAACAGGGAUUAGAAUGCUGUUGUUCUUUCUUGUGAGUCUGGAAGAGAGAUUUUUGCAGUCUUUUGCCAGGGAGAGAUGGGGAGAGAAGAUGCGAAUAGAGAGAGUUAGUAGACCACCAGAUGGGGUGGACUCAGAGUGAGGGUCCGAAGGGCAGCGAAAAUCAGAGGAGGUCAAUGUGGAAGACCGGCUUAUCAGUAAGAUCCAACAUUGCGUAACAGACUGUUUCAUAAGAUUGGGCCAUUUUUAUUUUUUUUGUUUACUAACCAUAUAGUCACAGUAAGAAUUAUAAAGCUUAAUCAUUUAAUCACAUAUUAUGUACUGUUUGUUAUUUUGGGGUACUAAUUUGUAACAGGGGACACAUCAUGCAGCAUCCACCCAAACAAGAUUUCUUAAGUUUGGCCAGGCUAGGGGCUAUCACCUCCUAUAUUAAGCCACUAGCCGAAGCGAGAGUUGCAAUUGUGGGAGCUUGUCCGGGAUUGAUUCCUUUGGAUGCUGUGUGAUUACCCUGAGCAAUGAACCAGUGGGGCAGUUAUUUGUAUUCUGGGUGAAUUGUUAAUUCGCCUGUUAAAUACUGUUGAAGUUGCGAUUGUGGGUGGAGGUUUGAUAAAAUGGCUGGCACAGCUCUUGUUUUAAUGCAGUCCAGCGCUGAGGUAGCAGUAGCUGGGGGGGUGGGGACAGAGAUUUCAAGGACAGGGUUCUCUCAUUUUUGAGUAGUGAGGGGAAAGAGUGGUCACAUUUGGAAUGUCUAAUUAGUCCUCGCUCCCCGGUGAAGAGUGAAAAUUCUGAGUUAGUAUCCACCCUUAUUUCUCUGGCGAAUAAAUGGAAAAAUCAGAUUGAAGGUUCCAACUAUGGCAGGCUCCGCCUAUUCUCUGGAAUAACGCCUACUCCUAAAGAGAAGGAGGAGUAUGAGAUUGGGGGGAGCAGACCUCUCAGUUGUUAGAUGAGUGGCAGUGCUCUGAUGAUGAAAAGCAACAGAGAUUGGUUGGAAGUUUGAAUGGGCAGGCUGCUGAUGUUUUGAGAGCUGUCAGGUUGAAAUAUCCGGUAGUGACAUCUGUCAGUCAAUUACGUGCAAGCACUGGACAAUGCUUUUGGCCCGACAGGAAGCCCAAUGGAGCUCAUGGUGGGGUUUCAGAACAUGUGUCAGGAGAAGGGGAAGAAGCUUUCUACUUUUAUUUUUUGGCUAGAGAGGCAGCUAAAUUGCUUGCAGCACAGAGGAGUCAUUCAGGCGGCUGAGGUGGAUCAGUUAAGAAUGGACCAGAUAGCCAGGGGCGCCCAGUCCCAUGACCUGAUUGCUUGGGGGUCUCUGACAGUCUCGUAAGACAUGCCCCCCUCCAUCUUUUGUCGAGCUGAUCAGAGAAGUACGGGAAGAGCCUCAGUAGUAUUCCCCACAGUGAAGUGACCACAGGUAGCCUACCCUGGGGAGCGGUAGAGGAGAUUGUGGCAGAGUUGAGAACGGAGAUAUGUCGGCUGUUAUCAGCGGGUGUGACCCUCCCCCCCCCAUAUGAUGGAGCUGAUGGGGGGUGUCAGAUCCCCCAAGGGGACAAACAAUGUGGAGGGCUGCUGGCAGCAGGUGUCACGCCAGAAGGAGAGUGAGCCCCCGGGUACCUAAGCAGGGAGGCCCAGGAAAACCUAGAGGAGACCCAGUGAGCGAACAGCCUGGUGUCUCUGGGGGAACACGUUCCCAGCAAUGUACCAAGGAACCCCCAAAAGCGAAAGACCCAAUUCCUGAAGGCUUAGUGGGAUCAUGCUCCAGUGUGUCACUACGGAUAGAGGGUAUUUAUGCUAAAGCCAUACUCGACACCGGGUCACGGGUCACGUUGUUGUACCAUUCGUUUUACAACAGGUAUCUGAAGCAUUUACCCCUGACCCCAUUUAGUGCACUGGCAAUCUGGGGCUUAGUGCUAGUGAUUAUCCAUACGACGGUUAUUUGUCAGUGAAGUUGGAGUUCUCGGAGGCCAAUGUGGGAGUGUCUGAGGUACUGGUUUGUCGGGUCCCUGUUGAGAAGGGCAGCGUUUCAAUUCUGGUGGGGACCAACACCCCUCUUGUGAAGAGACUCAUGGAGACCUGCAAGCAGAAGAAUGGCAAGAGCUUUCUGGGAAUAUUGUCCGUGCACCCAGUGUUUUAGGCUGCUUUUGAAGAAGUGCGUGGCUGCAUCAGGCCGGAUACCAAAUUUAAACGAGCGACUGUGUCGUUCACCCACUCGAAGCCAAUGGUAGUACGGCUCGGGGAAGUAGCGAGGGUGAUGGGGACCCCCGAAUUUCCCGGAGUGCCUGACGGUGAAGCCCUCUUAAUGGAUGCUCCAGAAGACCACCGGGGGCGGGAUUUCUUGCUGGGGUACUGGUGAGGCCUGAAUUACAGAAGCCCUUAGUUGUACAGGCAAGCAGGAUGGCAGUGAUUGUCAGGAACACUACGAAGAGCAGGUCACCUUCAAAUGGGUAUGCCCCUGGCACAUUUGUUCUCAGUGACGGUAAUGUCUAGUGCUCCCGUGAGACACGCCGGGGAGAAACUAUUGGAAAAAGGGGGAAAGUUGGGUCACUCAGCUUCGGGACUCCCCGGUUCCUACGGGUUGGAAGAGAAGGUUGAUAGAGAAGAUGUUGAAGCUGGAAGGUAUCUUUUCCACUGAAGAGUUUGAUGUGGGUUGUUCCAAGAGCACACGUCACACUAUCUGGGUGACUGAGGAUACCCCAUUCAGAGAAAGGUCAUGGCGACUGGCCCCUGCAGAGGUGGAGGAUGUUCGGCAGCAUUUGUAUAAGUUGAAGGAAGCUGGGAUCAUCACCAAGUCCCAAAGCCCCUAUGCGUCCCCAAUAGUAGUGGCCCGAAAGAAGAAUGGGAAGGUACGGAUGUGUGUGGGCUAUAGGACUCUGAACAGGCACACCAUCCCUGACCAGCAUACGGUCCCAAGGAUUGAAAACACGCUGGCUUGCUUGAGUGGUGCGAAGUGGUUCAGUGUGCUGGACUUGAGGAGUGGAUAUUACCAGAUCCCCAUGAGUGAGGCUGGCAAAGAGAAAAUGGCAUUUAUAUGUCCCCUGGGAUUUUUCCAUUUCAAAAGGACGCCCCAGGGCAUCUCGGGAGCUCUUGCAACCUUCCAGCGGGUCAUGGAGAAGACGGUGGGGGAAAUGCUUGAGAUAUUGGUGAAUCUGGAUGACCUCAAAGUUUUUGGAUCCACCUUGGAGGAACAUGAAGCGAGGCUGCUGAUGGUGCUGGGCUGCUUGAAAGCUGAAGCGUUAAAACUUUCCCUGGACAAGUGCCAGUUCUGCCAAACAUCUGUUAGCUAUGUUGGGCACAUAGUCUCACGGAAUGGGGUAGUUACAGACCCAGCUAAGAUCGAGGUGGUUACCACUUGGCCAAGACCCCAGACUGUGAGCACUUUGCGCUCGUUGCUUGGGUUCUGUGGUUACUAACGGAGGUUUGUGAAAGGCUACACGAAAGUGAGUCACCCUUUGAAUCAGCUUCUGUGCAGUUACCCUCCCUCGGGGAAGAAAGGGAGGGGGAGAAAAGGACAGGCGGGUGGAGAGUAUCUUAGCCCGUUGGAAUCCUUUGGACUGAGGUGGGAUACAAAAUGUGAGGAGGCCUUUCAGUCGCUGAAGGAGCUGCUGACCCAGGUGCUGGUGCUGGCUUUUGGGGACCCCCAAUUACCGUAUGUACUGCACAUGGAUGCCAGACGAGAGGGUCCUGUAUCAGGAUCAAGGCUCUGGGUUGAGGCCCAUUGCGUUUGUCAGCCAGAUCUGUCGCCCUCCGAGAAAAACUAUCCCACACACAAGUUGAAAUGGGCAGUGGUGGAUAAACUGAGUGACUACCUCUACAGGGCCAAGUUUGAGGUGAGGACGGACAACAACCCCCUAACUUAUAUCCUGAUUUGGUGAGACCGGAUGCCAAAGGCUAUCGGUGGUUGGCGGCGUUGUCCGCCUAUGAUUUCAGCCUGAACUACUGACUGGGAAGCAGGAACAUUGAUGCUGAUGCUUUGUCCCGACAGGCGCAUUAGGGAUUGGUCAGGAACGAGGAGUGGGAGAGCGUUCCUGCCUUGGGGGUGAAGGCCCUGUGUCAGUUUGCCAUCAUCGUGAAGGCAGAGGAAAACAAGGGGCAGAAGCGAGUGGUGGAUUAAUUGGGGGCUUCUGAUGAUGCCAUCCCCCAAUUUGUAACCUGACUGCUCUGAAGACAAAUCAGCUGCUGGAAUUGAGUUCUGGGGAAGGGGCAGCUGCUCAGCGAGAUGAUCCGGGCAUUGGUACCAUUUGGGCGGUGGUCGAAAAGGGAGACGCGGCUCAGGCGGAGAGGAUGAAACACGCGCCAGUACCUCCAUUACUACAAGAAUAGCCUCAGCUGGAGUUGAAGAACCCGACCUCGGCGUUGACAGCUGGUUCUGCCCGAGAAGUAUCGGAGGAUGGCGUUGAAAUCACUUCAUGAUGAUUCUGGGCAUUUGGGGGUGGAAAAGACCUACGGAUUGCUCAGAGACCAGUUUUACUGGCCCUGAAUGAAGUCGGAGAUCGAAGAAUACUGCAAGUCACACAUUCGAUGCAUACGGCGGAAGACACUGCCUAUGCGGGCAGCUCCCUUGUCCCACUGGCAGAGUACGGGGCCUCUGGACCUGGUGUGUAUGGAUUUCCUGACAAUAAAAUCCAAUGCCAGCAACACGGCGAAUGUCUUAGUCAUCACAGACCACUACACCAGAUAUGCUCAGGCUUUUCCUACGAAGGACCAGAGGGCGUCCACGGUGGCAAAAGUGUUAUGGGAGAAGUAUUUUGUUUAAUAUGGCCUUCCCAGGCGGAUACAUAGUGACCAGGGACGGGACUUCGACAGCUGAGUCAUCUAUGAGUUACUGGGCAUGCUUGGAGUCAAGAAGUCGAGGAUCAUGCCCUAUUAGCCGCAGGGCGAUCCCCAGCUAGAGAGAUUUAAUCGAACCUUGCUAGACAUGCUCGGGACCCUGGAGAUCAGCAAGAAAAACAGGUGGAGUCAACAUAUUGGGCAUCUGGUUCACAGUUAUAAUUGUACACGAAAUGAAGCCACUGGGUACUUGUCAUAUUAUCUGAUGUUUGAGCGCAAGGCAAGGUUGCCCAUUGACCUUUGUUUUGGGACUGACGAGGAUGACUUACCACCGAAACCUUAUCUGAAGUAUGUGCCAGACAUGAGAAGAGAGUUGAAAAGGGCUUAUGAAAUAGCUGGGGUCGUGGCUGCCAAGCAGAAUCAAGAGAAUAAGAGAAGGUAUGAUCGAAAGGUGAGGUUCUCCCAACUCCUGCCAGGAGACCGAGUCCUCCUAAGGAAUUUGGAGCUACCUGGAAAGUAUAAGUUGGCAGACCGCUGGGCGGCUACGCCCUAUGUGGUGGAGAGUCAGAUGCCAAAUGUACCAGUUUUCUGAGUGAAACCAGAGGAUAGGAAUGGGCCUGUCAAGAUUCUCCAUCGGAACCACCUGCUGCCCCUGGGACAAGAGGUGCAGGUUGACCCAGAGCCUGACCUGGAGCCUACACCUAGUAAGAGGACUCUUCGGAAGUGCAGGGUGACUACCGGGCCCCCAACAGGCGAGGUUAGGCUGGGCCCCACCCCUGAGAGGGAUACUAAUUCGGAGGAUGAGGACCUGGAUAUGUGGUAUAUGCUGCCUUUGGCUAACUCCCCAUUGAUUGAGGAAGAGGCUCUCGGCCCUUCUCCUGCUGAGUCAGGUGAAGUGGUGGGGGGAGGGGCUAUCUGUGGGCAGCCUGGGUUGCAGCGGGACUCUGCAGGGGAGAAAGUGGAGUUUGAUCACGGAACAGAGGGCUUCGAGUUGCAGGUAGGCACGAGUGAUAGAUCGGGGGAGGCCUCACCAAGUAGACCGGAAAUAUCCCUAGUAGUGUCAGAACCUGAAGCGUUAGAUGAUGGGGUGCGGAGGUCUCAGAGAAUUAGGAGACCACCGGAUAGGUUGGCCUAUGUAGCACCAGGGGAACAGAGUGUGACCCCUACUGUGUUGGGGAGCUACAGUAUGUCACUGCCUUUUACACCCAGAUUGGGCUUUUUGUUUUGUAGGAAGGGUUGGCGAAUUAUCUCAAUGUCAUGAGGACGUGACUAAACUUGGUGGGGGAGAGAGUGUAACAUGCUGUAGGGUUUCACUGCUGUGUAACAUGCUGUAAGGUUUCACUGAUAAUGUAAUGGGUUAUGUCUAGAGAUAACGGGGUUUGGAAUGCUGUUGUUCUUUCUUGUGAGUUUGCAAGGGAGAAUUUCGCGGUCUUUUGCCGGGAAGGGAAGAGAUGAGGAGAGAAGACGCUAAUGGAGAGAGUUGGUAGACCGCCGGACGGGGUGGACUUGGAACGAGGGUCCGAAGGGCAGCAACGAUCGGAGGAGGUCGAUGGUGGACGAUCGGCUUAUCAGAGAGCUCCAACAUUGCACAAUAGACUGUUUCAUAAGAUUGGGCCCUUUUUCUCUUUACUUCAUUUUCUUUACUAACCAUAUAGUCAAAGUAAGAAUUAUAAAACUUAAUCAUUUAAUCGCAUAUUGUGUACUGUUUAUUAUUUCAGGGUACUGAUUUGUAACAGGGAACACCGCGCAGCAUCCACCCAAAUGAGAUUUCUUAAGUUUGGCUGGGCCGGGGGCUAUCACCCCCCCUAUAUUAAGCCGCUAGCCAAAGUGAGAGUUGCAUUAGGUACACCUGUACACCCUCUCGUUAAUGCAUAUA